UUUUCUGACAUCUUGGUGUAUAAGAGAACCAUAACUCUCUAACCACAAAGACAAAGAAAAAUGAUGAAACUCUUCUUGGUGGUGGCGAUAUGUGUUGCCCUUUUCUUGAGCCUCACAGAUUUUUCCGGCGAGAGUCCAAAACAUGGGGAGUUAAUGCUGACUGUUCAUUUCCCUGAGUUCCGUCUGAUUCCGACCACCGGAGCUUCAGGACCAGAGAGUUUUGUCUUUGAUAUCUCCGGUGAAGGUCCUUACACAGGUUUAUCUGACGGUCGAAUUGUUAAGUGGAUAGCUAAUGAGAGCCGUUGGAUCGAUUUCGCCGUCACCACACCAACAAGAGAAGGUUGUGAGGGCCCGCACGAGCACCAACGAACGGAGCACGUGUGUGGUCGACCAUUGGGGCUGGCCUUUGAAAAAUCCACUGGUGAUCUUUAUAUAGCCGAUGCGUAUAUGGGCGUUCUUAAAGUUGGCCGAGAAGGUGGUUUAGCGAAUCAGAUGUUAACACGUCAGCUGGAUGAGCCACUUAGGUUUACCAACGGACUGGAUGUUGAUCCACGGACCGGAGUAGUAUACUUUACCGAUAGUAGUUCUGUUUAUCAACGGAGGAAUUAUAUAGGAGUGAUGAUGAGUGGGGACAGAACUGGCAGACUGAUGAAAUACGACCCAAACACAAAACAAGUGACAACUCUUCUAAGCAACCUUGCGUUCCCCAACGGCGUCGUUCUAAGCCACAAUGGUGAGUACCUUCUCGUGGCCGAGACUGCCAAGUGUCGGAUCCUACGUUACUGGCUGAACGACACGUCGGCUUCUAAGUCUCGCCAGAGCUAUGAGAUUUUCUCCGACCGGCUUCCUGGGUUCCCAGACAACAUAAAGAGGAGUCCACGAGGCGGGUUCUGGAUAGGCGUGAACACGAAACACACAAAGCUGACAAAGUUUGCCAUGUCUAACGUGUGGCUAGGGCGCGCCGCCUUGGGAUUAUCGGUGGAUUGGAUGAAGGUCCACUCGUUCUGGGCCAGGUACAAAGGGAACGGGAUGGCCGUGAGGUUGAGUGAGGGUAGUGGCGCAAUAUCAGAGGUCUUUGAGGGUAAAAAUGGAACCAAGUGGAUGUCUAUAAGUGAGGUUGAGGAGAGGGACAGAACUCUAUGGGUUGGAUCGGUGAAUACUCCUUUUGUUGGCAUGUAUAAAAUCUAAAAACAAUGCAUAACCUUUUGUAUUAAGCAAACAAGCUCAUUUUUUAAAAUGAAAUUCAUAUACUUAUAAGAAAAAAAUAAACAAUGCAAAAUAUGC